CAAAGUAGGGUAAUUAUACAUUAAUUUAUUAAUAUUAAUAAACGGUAUGAAACGGCACAAAAUACAGUUAAGAAUGCUAUAACAAAGGGGCCUGAAAACAACUUUCAGCAACCACAGAUUGCACUAAUGUCCUGGCCCUAAUUGAAAGAGAAUGGGCUGGCCUGCUGUUAUCUGCAGAGGCUGUCAUGAAAUGAUGCUGCUUCCAUCUGUGAAGUCCACCAGCUGUUGGCUUUGACCUAUCCUUAAAGGUAGGGGAACGGCAGCUAUAGAAAAGUGGCGAUGGCUAGCAGAAGCAGCAGAAGAGCAAAAAUUGUGCAUCCGAGAAAAAAUUAUAAUCCGUAUUAAAAUAUUUAGUAUAUCGAAUUAGCGCUUGCUGUACUGUGUAUAGGUUUUUCUCUUGAUAGGAAAUCUUGCCGGAGGAAGAAUUCUUCUAUGCUUGUAAGCUUAAAAAUUGUGUUGUGCGCUUUGAGUUAGCCUAAGACAUAACAGGAGUCUUGUGGCAUUUUAGAGAAUAAUAAAUUCUACAUUUUGGGGGUGGGGGGUGGAAUGUAGCUCAUCAGAUGCAGAAAAUUUUACUCUGAACUGUAGAAAUUCCCUUCACGUGCUCUUCCUCUAAUGCCCAUGUCUGCCAGCAAUGCCCCUCUGGAUUCUACAUAAGACAAACGGGACAAACUUUUCACAAAAUAAUUAAUGGACAGAUUUGACAUCAGGAUUUCAAACAAGGACCACGUAAUAUUGGAGCAUUUCAGUCUCCCACGACACUCUGUGGCAGGCCUUAAAGUGGAAAAAUGGGAAUUUAACAGCGCUAUCGAGGGAGAGGUUGCUGAACUUGCGUACGUCAAGAGGUUUCAGGUCCACAGACACAAUCGGUUUUUCAUGCAUUGCAAUUGUUAAUUGAUAAAAAUAAAUUUUAAAAGCCUGGUGUUAAUUGAUAAGGUACUUGUAAUCUGUCUUGUGUGUGUAACCUGCGUUUGCACAACUCCCCCAACGUUCCCUCUCUUCAAAAGCUUCUACCUUUUAAUAAAAUGUCUUAGUCGGGAAAGGUGCUCCCAGACUCCUUCAGAGAUUCCCCUGAUACGUCGAAGUUAACAUAACUGCAUUCGGGGAAAACUUAAUCCUUUGAAUUUUUUAAUCUUUAAAGUGCCACAAACUUCUGGGUUCUGUGUGUGUGUGUGCUUUGCUAGAAUAAAUUAGUAUGGUUAUCCCCCUCGAAACGGUCCACAAAGACGCUUCUCUUUUUCUCGUUUUUUGUGUAACGCACACUUUUCCUUUGCUUUGUUUGUGUUUGUUUAGGAAGGAGCUCCCUUUGCAAAUCGGGGAGUCCGAUAUGGUCAGAACACCUGAAGGGUCUUCACAGCUUCAGCUUCCACCUGUGAGCUAACCAGCCCCUGGCCUGAACUUCCUCUCUGGCAGUGAGACUGUUCCAGCCAAGAGGAGUAAAUGUGUCUUGUGUUUCGAAUGGGAACAAGAAUAUGAAGGAAGUGGGAAAGGCUUCCCCUGCAGUUAGCUUAAUCAAAGUCUGGUGUGUUUAAUGAGUUAUCCAGCUCCAAAUAGUUGUUUGACAGCUCGGGGAGAAAUGGAGCCAAAACCUAGAGGUCCAGAAGGAGAAGAAGGUCUGGAACGUGUAAGGAAAUCCUGCGGUGCCGGCCUUUCCAAGUGCACAAGGAUGGAGCAUCUAGGGUGGAAGCUCUCGCAAGGAAUCAAACAGGAGUCCUUCAGAGGGAUGCAGCAGCAGUGGAAAAGCCAGUGGCAGGAAUUUCUUAAGACCCUGCCGUGUCCACAUGUGGGAUGGGAGGAGGACUCUGAGAUGGUGGAAAAUGCACCUUGGGAAGACCCCAAGGCUUUCCUGGCCUCUUUUGAGCAAGUGGCCCAAGCUUGCCAGUGGCCAAGGGGAGAGUGGGUGCCUCGGCUCCUGCCAGCCCUGAGUGGAGAAGCUAAGCAGGCCUUCAGCGGCCUAGAAGCAGGAGACAAGGAGGAUUAUGGGAAAGUGAAGGCGGCCAUCUUGAGAGGGGAAGCUAUCAGGAUAGAAGUGCAACGCCAGCACUUUCGGCAGUUCCGCUUCCAGGAGAUUGAAGACCCGCGGAGGGUUUACGGACAACUGCAGAGGCUUUGCCGCCAGUGGCUGAAGCCAGAGAGGCGCACCAAGGAGCAGAUCCUGGAGCUGCUGAUCCUGGAGCAGUUCCUGGCCAGCCUCCCACCGGACCUCCAGAGCUGGAUCCGAGCAGGAGGGCCUGACACGUGUUCCCAGGCGGUGGCCCUGGUGGAGGACUUCCUGUUGAACCGGCAAGAGGCCAAGGACCCAUCGCAGGAGGUGAGAACCAAGAGUUCCCUGGAUGGAGAGAGGGUUACCUUGGAUGUUGACCAGGAAGAGAUCUAUAAAGACGUUAAACAGAACAAUAACGGAAUUAUCCAUUUGUUGGGUAAUAGAAGUGAAGAAUCUGGUGAUUCCAGCUCCUUGCUUCCACCUGAAGGAGAUGAAACAGUUAAAGCUUCUCCUGGUAAGGAUCUCAUGAACCUGAAAGAAGCUGGUGUUUCAUUGAAUGUGGUCGAGCCAACCCCGAUCCAACCAGGCCAGCGGACUAUGUUCUGGCAAGUCAUGCAGGAGGAGGAUGGAGAUGCAGAUUCUUUGGAGGGACUGUUGGUGCCCAAACCGGACCUUGCCUCCAGUCCAGAUGAAGAAGAGGAGCAGGUCUUCAUCCGGUUUCCUGUCGAAAGUGAGAGAAUUGCAGAUCAUGAAUCAGGACCCAGUGACACUUCAUCUUCGGAGGCUGCGCCCAACCCGUCAGGAGGUGCUCAGCUCUCCCGAAGCGCCUCUUGCCCUCUCCGAGAUUUCACUGGCUCUCAUUGGAAGCAUCCCCGCUGGACAGAUGAUGAAAUCCAGGCUUUUAUUGACAUCUGGGGGGACACAUCUGUACAGCAAGCCCUCUUCUCAAACUACAGGACCGUCUCUCAGUUCCAGUGGAUCUCGGGCCAGAUGAAGGCCCGUGGCUAUGACCGGAAUUGGCUCCAGUGCCGGGAAAAAGCCAAACAUCUCCGGAAAAGCUACAAGGACUGCCUGGGUGGGAACAGCCAGUGGGGACAGGGGAGGCGAACAUGGCCUUUUUUCAACCAGCUGAAUCAGUUCCUGCGCAUUGAGCAGGAUCUGGUGGUUCCACGGGAGAUACGGCGCAAGGACGUCCAGCAUCAUCUCGUUGACCGCCGGCGCAAGAGAGCGAAGAACGUGGCUGGUCAGGUGGCGAAAGCUUCCCGGGUUCGGGUGGAGGCUUCUGGGUUGCCAGCGGUGGAAGCCCAUGAGCUGCAGUCAAAGCAACAGUCAAAGCAUCGCUCUCGCUUCCCCAACAGCACAGCACGCUCAGGAUGCCAGAAGCCACCGCUGACCAGCACUGAACGGGUGAGAAACGUCUACAAGCCCCGGCGGGAAAGGAGACCGGACGUUGGCCAAGCCCGUGGAGCGAUUGCGGACUCUGCAGGGGGAAGCACUCUCAGGGGCCCAGCCUACAGGGCUGAUCCCGUACCCUCUAGUGAAAUAGAGAAGGCGUGGGAAGAGUGCGAGAGGAAGGCUGUGGAGAAGCUGGAAGGCUACUUGCGCGAGAAGGGAUGGGAACUCCAGACUCGGCACUCGAGCCGGACUGGAAUUCUGCAGGAUGUCUUGUCCAUCGUGUGCAAGGGCCGCACGGCUGCAUCUCUGCCCGUCCUUACUUCUUCUAUCCAGGGCUCCCCCCCACCUUCCAAAACAUCCCACUCUGAAGGAUCAACAGAGUCACAAGUCUCAACGGAGCCGUGCCAGAACCCGGCGGCUCCUUCGCUUCCUCCCCCUUCCCAGGGCAGCUUGUCGGACAGAAGCGCUCGCCUGAAAAGGAAACGCGCCCUCCCGGCACGGUUCCAGUGCUGACGCGUCCCGGUUUUAUUCCUUUUGGUACAGCGUCAGCUGGUUAGUUGGGUCCCACGCUCAUCAGGGUUUGGUGUGGUGUGUUUUGUGCUUUUUUCCUUGUUUCCUCUCUCCCUUUCUGUUACCGUUGUAGAAUUGAAAGAUGUGUGUUUGAUGCAUUCCGGGGCUUCCUACGUGAUAAAUAAAACUUUAUGGGCUGAGGAUGGUGGUUGGAGUUUGUGGGUAGUUGGCUGACAGGGCAGGAGUGCCACCCUGGCAUCCGGGCAGUGUAAGUGGAGCAGUUCUGCAGUUCUGUUCAUUUUUUAAAAAAAUUAUUUAUUAAAUUUAUAGGCCACCAAACUCGCAGCGAGUCUGGGCGGUUUAAUUUGGCUUUUCCUAAAGCAGCAGUCAGCAUAGGGACCACAACUGAUUUUCAGUGCCGUUACAGCCUUCGCUAGCAAUCAAGUGGCAGUUCUGUAAGUUCUUCUGCUUUCCUAAUUCAGGAUAUUUCCCUUUUCAGAAUCUACUCAAUAUCGGAGACUCUUGAAAUCUGGCAACUCUCUGAUCUGGAGCAGGGCAUUCUUGGUUCUGGAUAUUCUUCCUCAAGCCAUUUUUCUAAAUGAAUAACUAGGUUCCCUAUACACCAGGAGUCAGCAGUUUUUUUCUGUAAAGGGCCGGAUCCUGCCCCUCCUCUGUUUCUGUGGGUGCAUCUGGCAGGUUGGCAAGCCGAGGGGCACAGCAGCCAUUGGAUAGUGCCAGCCCACCAGCAAUGAUAGGAUGCCCCACUUUUGGCCCACUCCUCACCCUGGGAGCCUGUGCCUGACAAUCUGCCACCUGCCUGCCUUCUUAGCUUGCAGGCCAUACAAAAACAGGUGGGGCAGAUUUGACCCGUGGGCUGUACUUUGCCGACCCCUGAUAUAGACAGUUAAGGUACGUUAUACCUUUCUAUGAGAACAGAUGGGAUUUCUGAAUGCUAGCAAAAGGUAGUUGCUGCUUCUCUAGGUAACAUCUGGUUCUCUAACUCAGGGUUUUUCAAACUGAGCUCUGUGGAGCCCUAGAGAUCCCCAAGGACUUGAAUGGGUUCCCUGGGACCAAGAGGGAAAAACUUAGUCCCUUGUGGAGAGUUAUUUCCCCCCCCCUUCAUCACUAAGGUAAUGUGGGAAAGGUGGGGCUUGUCAGCUGAUAUUCAGAAGCCUCAAGCCUCUUAAUCAGGUCUAUUUUUUUUUUAAUAAGCAGCAGGUGCCAUGACCUGGAAACAUUUGAAAACGCUUGCUGAUAUGCAGAGGCAUAUCACUCCUCUGAAGUGUACUGGUCUAUGACUUGAGAAUCCUCCUGGACUCAUUUGCUCAGUUGCAAUCCUACUGGGAGUAGGAGGCCUGGGCCUCGGUGUUCAUGUUCUCAUCACAAGUAGACUAGACUAUUGCAAUGUGCUUUAUGUCAGUGUUUCUCAACCUUAGCCACUUUUAGGUG